CGUGGGCACGUCGGUGCGUGCGUCGCGUCUCCACCCCCCGCCCCGGUAACCGGGGAAGUGGCGGCGGCGGCUGCGGGGCCGGCGGUAUAUAGGGGACAUCAUGAAUUGGAAUAAAGGUGGACCUGGUACUAAGAGAGGCUUUGGGUUUGGUGGAUUUGCCAUAACCCCUGGGAAGAAAGAGGAGCCAAAGCUUUCUCAGCAGUCCCACAGUGCUUUUGGCACAGCCGGUUCCUCGGCAGCGUUUGCAAAAUCAGGGCCUCCUCAGCUGCCUUCCUUCUACAAAAUCGGGUCAAAGAGAGCAAAUUUUGAUGAGGAGAAUGCAUACUUUGAGGAUGAAGAGGAAGAUUCCAGCAAUGUGGAAUUGCCCUACAUUCCUGCAGAGAAUUCCCCCACUCGGCAGCAGUUCCAUUCCAAAUCUGCAGACUCCGACAGCGAUGAUGAUCCUCUGGAAGCAUUCAUGGCUGAAGUGGAGGAUCAAGCUGCUCGAGACAUGAAGAGACUGGAAGAYAAAGACAAAGAAAAAAAGAACGUUAAGGGUAUUCGAGAUGACAUUGAAGAGGAAGAUGACCAAGAAGCGUAUUUUCGCUACAUGGCUGARAACCCCACUGCUGGUGUGGUGCAAGAGGAGGAAGAGGAUAACCUGGAGUAUGACAGUGAUGGGAAUCCAAUUGCACCGUCCAAAAAAAUCAUUGAUCCUCUUCCACCUAUUGACCAUUCAGAGAUUGAAUACCCACCAUUUGAGAAGAAUUUCUAUGAUGAGCAUGAGGAGAUCACCAGCCUGACCCCACAGCAAGUGGUGGAGCUACGGCAUAAGCUGAACCUCCGGGUCUCCGGGGCUGCUCCUCCAAGGCCUGGCAGUAGUUUUGCUCAUUUUGGAUUUGAUGAGCAACUUAUGCAUCAGAUUAGGAAAUCUGAGUAUACCCAACCCACUCCAAUACAAUGUCAGGGUGUUCCAGUGGCACUAAGUGGCAGAGACAUGAUUGGAAUAGCUAAAACUGGAAGUGGGAAAACAGCUGCCUUCAUCUGGCCCAUGCUGAUCCACAUCAUGGAUCAGAAAGAGCUUGAACCAGGGGAUGGUCCCAUUGCAGUGAUUGUCUGCCCAACCAGGGAGCUCUGCCAGCAGAUCCACUCGGAGUGCAAACGCUUUGGCAAGGCCUAUAACCUGCGCUCYGUGGCUGUGUACGGAGGAGGGAGCAUGUGGGAGCAAGCCAARGCCCUGCAGGAGGGGGCAGAGAUCGUGGUCUGCACACCAGGUCGUUUGAUUGAUCACGUGAAAAAGAAAGCUACAAACCUUCAGAGAGUCACUUACCUUGUGUUUGAUGAAGCUGACAGAAUGUUUGAUAUGGGGUUUGAAUAUCAGGUCAGAUCAAUUGCAAGCCACGUACGUCCUGACAGACAGACCCUCUUGUUCAGUGCCACGUUCCGUAAGAAGAUUGAGAAAUUGGCCCGGGAUAUUCUGAUUGACCCAAUUCGUGUUGUGCAAGGAGACAUUGGGGAGGCAAAUGAAGAUGUCACUCAGAUUGUGGAGAUUUUCCCCUCUGGGCCCAGCAAGUGGAACUGGCUGACGCGGCGCCUGGUGGAGUUCACMUCCUCUGGGAGUGUCCUCCUCUUUGUCACCAAGAAAGCCAACGCAGAGGAGCUGGCCAAUAACCUSAAGCAGGAGGAUCAUAACCUGGGGCUGCUCCACGGGGACAUGGACCAGAGUGAGAGGAAUAAAGUCAUUUCAGAAUUYAAGAAAAAGGGGAUCCCCAUAUUGGUAGCAACCGAUGUGGCAGCUCGAGGUUUGGAUAUCCCUUCCAUCAAGACUGUCAUCAACUACGACGUGGCUCGGGACAUAGACACCCACACGCACCGGAUCGGCCGCACCGGCCGUGCAGGGGAAAAGGGAGUUGCCUACACUCUGCUGACCCCCAAGGACAGCAACUUCGCUGGUGACCUUGUCAGAAACCUGGAGGGUGCCAACCAACAUGUCUCCAAAGAGCUGCUGGAUCUGGCAAUGCAGAAUCCAUGGUUCCGGAAAUCCCGUUUUAAAGGAGGGAAGGGCAAGAAGCUGAAUAUYGGUGGUGGUGGCUUGGGAUACCGCGAACGCCCUGGGCUGGGCUCAGAAAAUUCUGACCGUGGAAACAACAACAGUGUGAUGAGCAACUACGAGGCCUACAAGCCCUCCACGGGGGCCAUGGGGGACAGGCUKACAGCAAUGAAAGCAGCUUUCCAGUCCCAGUACAAAAGUCACUUUGUUGCUGCAAGUUUAAAUAACCAAAAGACUGGGAGCUCUGCYGCUGGUGCCAGCGGCUGGACCAGCGCCGGGAGCCUGAACUCCGUCCCGACGAGUUCAGCGCAGCAAAACGCCACCAAUCCCGACAGCCCCAUCGCAGCCACCGCGGCRGCAAAGGGCGUCCCGGGCUUCACCAGCAGCGGCAAUUUGAGCAGCGUUCCCACCUUCCCGAGUGUCGGAGCGCAGGGCUUCAACAACACAAAUGCCGGCGCCAACAGUCGAGARGGCGGUGGCGGUGGCGGCGGUGGCGUCGUCAGAGAACGGUACAACGACAACCGGAACAGUCGGCACUGUGAGGCCCCGCGGCGCGGCGAGGGCGGUGGCCGUGCUGAUGGCGGUGGCCGUGCUGAUGGCGGUGGCCGUGGAGAGGCCGGUGGGCGUGCUGAUGGUGGUGGCCGUGCAGAUGGCGGUGGCCGUGCAGAUGGCGGUGGCCGCUACAACGACACCCAGCGCUACAACGACACCCAGCGCUACAACGACACCCAACGUUACAACGAUGCCCAACGCUACGACACCCAACGUUUCAAUGACUCCCAACGUUACAACGAUGCCCAACGUUUCAAUGAUGCCCAACGCUACAAUGACACCCAACGUUAUAACGAUGCCCAACGUUACAACGAUGCCCAACGUUUCAAUGAUGCCCAACGUUAUAACGACACCCAACGUUACAACGACACCCAACGUUAUAAUGAUGCCCAACGUUACAAUGACACCCAGCGUUACAACGAUGCCCAGCGCCACGGCGAAGGCGGUGGCCGCCACGGUGACCCUUCCCGGCACAGCGACGGCCGCCACGGUGACCUCCAUCGCCACGGCGAGGGCCGGCACUUCACCGACUUCCCGGGCGGCAGCGGCAACCGCAACAACGGUGACAGCAGGAACAGCACGGAAGGGAGGAACAGCGAGAGCAGGAACGGAGAGAACAGGAAGGAUGCCAACAGCCGAGAAAACAAAACAGAUGGUUUUGCUGUCCCAGAGCCCCCAAAAAGGAAGAAAAGCCGGUGGGACAGUUAAAAGCUGGGGGUUCACAGCCUGGAAUCUCUGCAGGUAGUGUUGUCUUUUUCCAGAGGAUUUCUUGGGGUUUUUGGUAACUGGUUGUUCAGCAGCUGGGGCAGGAGAAGGAAACCUUGAGAACGCCCCAUGCAAGUUCAUCUGCGGACAGAAAUGCACACAACACUCA